GUUCAUUCAGUGGGACUCGCGUUCGUGGUCCGGACAAAGGGCGGAGGCCAGCCGGAGCAGGGUCGGAGUUCGGAGGCGAGGAUCGCCGGCAUGGGGGCAGAGAAGAAGUUACUGCAGAUUAAAGAGGCCUUUCAGCUGGCCCAGCUGCCGCACCAGAACCACGCCAAGCUGGUGGCGGCCUUGAACCGAACCUACGGCACAAUAGAAGAUAAAGCAACUUUUUUUAAAGAAUUUGUUCAUUACCUUAAAUAUGCUAUGGUAAUCUAUAAACGAGAACCUGCUGUGGAGCGAGUAAUAGAUUUUGCUGCUAAGUUUGUUACUUCAUUUCACCAAUCUGAGAAAGAUGAUGAUGAAGAAGAUGAAGAAAGUUCUCUUUUAAAUUAUAUGUUUACUUUUCUUCUGGAGUCUCAUGAAGCAAAUAGCAAUGCAGUUAGAUUUAGAGUGUGCCAUCUUAUAAAUAAACUUUUGGGAAGUAUGCCGGAAAAUGCCCAGAUCGAUGAUGAUUUGUUUGAUAAAAUUAAUGAAGCCAUGCUUAUUAGAGUGAAAGAUAAAAUUCCAAAUGUGAGGAUUCAGGCAGUUCUGGCUCUUGCUAGACUUCAGGAUCCCAAGGAUGAUGAUUGUCCUGUAGUUAAUGCAUAUAGUACCUUACUUGAAAAUGAUUCCAAUUCAGAAGUGAGGCGUGCAGUGCUAUCUUGUAUUGCUCCAUCAGCAAAGACUUUGUCAAAAAUUGUUGGACGUACCAGGGAUGUGAAAGAGUCUGUCAGGAAGUUGGCCUAUCAGGUUUUAGCUGAAAAAGUUCAUAUGAGAGCAUUGUCUAUAGCUCAGAGAGUAAAGCUUCUUCAACAAGGACUUAAUGACAGAUCAGAGGCUGUGAAAGAAGUUAUGCAGAAGAAACUUCUUCAGGCUUGGCUACAUUUUACUGAAGGAGAUAUCUUACAGUUUCUUCAUCGACUGGAUGUAGAAAACUGCCCUGAAGUGGCCGACUCAAUUCUGAAGGCCUUGUUUGCCACGAUUCCUCUUAGUGAACUGAUGGAAGUCUGUAAAAACAGUGAUGGCAGGAAAUUGAUCCCUGUGGAAACACUAAACCCUGAAAUUGCUUUGUAUUGGAGAGUUCUUUGUGAAUAUCUGAAAUCUAAAGGAGAUGAAGGGGAAGCUUUCUUAGAACAGAUUUUGCCAGAAGCUGCUAUCUAUGCAGAAUAUCUGCUGAGUUAUAUUCAGAACAUUCCAGUUGUUACUGAAGAAAAAAGAGGAGAUUUUGCCUUUAUUGAAAAUUUGAUGACAAAAGAGUUUAUAGGUCAGCAGUUGAUUCUAAUUAUCAAGUCCUUGGAUACCAAUGAAGAGGGAGGAAGAAAGCAAUUAUUGGCUGUCCUGCAGGAGAUUCUUACCUUACCAACUCUCUCCAUUUCCUUUGUUUCUUCCCUGGUUGAGAGACUGCUUCAUCUCCUUACUGAUGAUAUUAAGAAGACACAGAUUGUUACAGAAAUUAUUUCAGAGAUCCGGGAGCCCAUAGUCACUGCAGACAUUUGUGAAGAUUCUGCUGAAGUAAGAAAAAAAGAGCUCAGACUGGCUGAAGUAAAAGUAAAGCUUAUUGAAGCCAAGGAAGCUUUGGAGGAAUGCAUUACUCUACAGGAUUUUAAUCAUGCAUCCCUGUUAAAAGAGAAAAUAAAAGAACUAGAAGAUACCAAAAUGGAUCUAAUAAAAGAAACAGAACAACUUGAGAUUAAGGAAGUUCACACAGAGAAGAAUGAUCCUGAAACAUUACAGAAAUGUCUUAUUUUGUGCUAUGAACUUCUGAAACAGAUCUCUGUUUCUACAGGCAUAAGUGCAACCAUGAAUGUUAUUGUUGACUCUUUGAUUCUUCCUGGAAUAACAAGUAUUCAUCCUGCAGUGAGAAAUAUGGCUGUUUUGUGCUUAGGCUGUUGUGGUCUGCAGAACCAAGAUUUUGCCAGUAAACAUUUUGCAUUGUUAUUGCAGGUUUUGCAAAUUGAUGAUGUCAUAAUAAAAAUAAGUGCUCUCAAGGCAGUUUUUGACCAGCUAAUGUUGUUUGGGACCGAGCCGUUUAAAUCCAAGAAAGUCAAGGACCUUGAGAGUGGAAGAGAGAUAACUGAAGAUGGCGACCCUGACCAUGAGCUAAAAAUAAAGGCUGUGGAAGAAGAGACUGCGACUGCUAAGAACAUCCUGAAGCUUCUGGCCAGUUUUUUAGACAGUGAGAUUUCUGAGCUCCGGACAACUGCUGCAGAAGGACUAGCCAAAUUGAUGUUCUCUGGACGAUUAGUUAGUAGUCGGCUUCUUUCUCGUCUUGUCUUGUUGUGGUACAAUCCUGUGACUGAAGAAGAUGUUCAACUGCGACAUUGUCUUGGGGUUUUCUUCCCUAUAUUUGCUUAUGCAAGCAGGACUAAUCAGGAGUGCUUUGAAGAAGCUUUCUUCCCAACUCUGAAAACACUGCUUAAUGCGCCUGCGUCUUCUCCUUUAGCUGAAGUAGAUAUUGCUAAUGUAGCUGAAUUACUUGUAGACUUGACAAGACCAAGUGGGUUGAGUCCCCAAGCCAGAAGUUCCCAGGACUACCAGGCUUCAACAGUACAUGAUAAUUUAGCCAUAAAAAUUUGCAAUGAAAUUUUAAUAAAUCCAUGUGCACCAGAAAUCCGCAUUUAUGUUAAAGCCUUGGCUUCUUUAGAACUCAGUAACAAUUCUACAAAAGAACUUACAGUAUUAUUGGAUGAGACUCUUGAGGAAGUAAAAGAUAGGACAAGUUUGAGAGCCUUAGAGAAAAUCAAGAUACAGUUGAGCAAACGAAGCAAUGACCAUGGUUACCAGUUUCCAGGAGCACCGGACACUGAUAGCACUACCAUGGCCAUUAAUCAGAAUGAGGAAGAAAAGAAUAAAGAAAUGUUUCAGACUCCUUUUAUAACCAAAAGUAAAGGUGUUGAGGCACUUAAAACCACUGUAUCCAAGACUAAUAAAGGACGGAGAAAAGUCACAACCACUUCAAAAUCUGUGAAAAGAGGACAUCAAAAUGCUGAGAUGAAUUCUGAAAGUGACCAGGAAGUACCAGAGCCAGUUACAGAGAUGAAGAUGAGACUACCAAGAAGAGCUAAAACAGCAGCUUUGGAAAAAACGAAACUAAAUCUUAUACCUCUUCUUGGUGAAGAUGACAGCUAAGAAAUGAGAAAGAGUAAAAGUUCAAGUAAAAAAAAUAUUAUCAGUGUUCUUUUAAAUUUUUUCACUUUUUUCUAUUUCAAUGGCUUUUUACAUUUUGGGGGCAGAAAAAUGAUUUAAUUGCUUUUAUAUUUGUAUUAAUAAAAUUAUUACUUGUAUUUUUAUACUAACCUAUAACACAUUUUCAUUAUUUUAAUUCUUCAGUCUUCUGUUCUAUACCAACUUCCUUUAGAGUCUUAUUCAUUGUUUGGCUUUAACUUCUUCCU